AUGAAUUUCAAAAACCAAAAUAAUGGGAACCAAUUUCCUUCGGAGAUGGAUCAUUCUAAUGUACCGAUGAAUCUCCCCGCCAAUGUUUUUCAACAACUAAUGCAGCAGCAACAACUGCCACAAGGUAUGACCAACGUUAUGGAUCAACAGCAAGAAGAUCAACAGCUGCAGCACCGACAGCAAGAACAACAACAACAGCAUCACCAAAGUCCACCGAUGAAUAUGAAUAAUAUUGCCAUCAUGAACUCCCAAGGAAUGCAACUACCCCAACAAAAUGCUGUUUCUUCACACCAGCAACAACAGAAACAACAACAAGUCCUUCAAAAGAUUCUUCAAAAUCCUCAAGCAGCUGCCAGUCUACCUCCAUAUUUGCUUCAACAACUUCAACAACAACAGCAGCAGCAACAGCAGCAACAACAACAGCAAAAACCUAUUACACAAACACAGCAAAUACACCAGGAUAAUCAAAUGCCUCCCCAAUCCCCGAUGCAAGCCUACUCCCAAAUGCCACCCCAAGUUCCAAUGAGUGCCACUCAACCGGCUUUCCCUCAAAACCAUCAAGGGGGGCAAUCUGUGAUAGGUACCAGCCCCCACCAAUUGCAAGCGCAAAGAGUUUUCGGAAAUGGGAAGCCUUCGCUACCUGCGGGAAUGAUGCCAAAAAACGAGAUGGUGAGUGCUGAUACUAGUAAACCAGGCACUCCGUUGGUUUCCACAAGAAGACGGAGUAGUGUUAGUAGUGCGGGGUUACCUGUUCCACAGGCGCAAGUAUCACCAGUGAUAUCCACAGCUCCUGAAAUUCCUAAUUUGACUUUUACCCAUAUUCCACCGUAUUAUUGGUCGACGAGGAUCACGGAAGAAAACAGAGAAAUUGAUGAAAGAAAGAAAGAACAAGAACAAGAACAAAAGAAAGGAGGAAAAGAAAAUAAGGAAAUAAACAAGGAAAAUGAUGCUAUAGAAUCUGGAGAAGAUCAGAUAGACAGAAAUGACGAGGAUGGUGAUUCCACUAUUGUGAAAAAGAAACGAAAAAUCGAUACAAACUUACGACUUUAUGAGCAGAUCACUGUUAGAGAUUUGGAAUACGCAAAGUCAUUCUCCAAAGAUAAUACUCAGCUAAUGAGUUUGGAGAUCGAGGAGAAAUUAGCAAAAUCCGUGAGAUAUUAUAACGGGGUGAAAGCGAAAAGAAUGCACUCCAUCAAACUUGCAGGAGAAAGUAAAAUCACCACCAACACCCAAAACAUUUGGGGUGAUGGGUACCAGGGUUAUGGUAAUGGUUUUACCAAUGGCCGUACCCAGAUUGUUUAUCCAAGGGAUAGAAAGCGGCCUACCAGACUUCCAGAUUUAUAUUUCAAUCGAGAAAGCUGGCUAAAGCAAGCACUGCAAAAGGAUGAAUUGAUUCCGAUCCGUUUAGAAUUCGAUGCCGAAAAGGAUAAGUUUAGAUUACGUGAUACUUUUACUUGGAAUAAGAACGAGGGAUUGGUAUCAAUCGAAUUUUUUGUGGCGCAAAUGAUGGAUGAUUAUCGUUUCACCAAUCCGUUGUUCACCGAUACUGUGCUCACAAGUAUUAAAGAGCAAAUUAGUGAAUAUCUUUCCUUCCCAAUUCCAGAGGUCAAAGAGAAUGAAGAUUUAGAAAACAGCAGUUAUGACGUUAGAAUUUUGAUCAAGUUGGACAUUACGGUGAGCAAUCACAGAUUGGUGGAUCAGUUUGAAUGGGAUUUGUUAAAUAGGGAUAACAACCCUGAAGAAUUUGCCGAAGUCAUGUGUGCUGAAUUGCAAUUACCUGGAGAGUUCAUCACUGCUAUUGCUCAUUCAAUUAGGGAACAGUGUAUGAUGUACUGCAAAUCUUUGUAUUUAGUAGGCUACAAUUUUGAUGGGUCGUUGGUUAAAGACGAGGAUGUGAAGAGUAGGUUGCUUGCACAAAUUGAUAAUUCUUCAUGGCUCCGUUCCAAUGAUUAUGACCUUGAAGGGGCCGAGGACCUCAAUGGUGGUAAUCAUGUGAAUUCGUUGAAUAGAAUUGGGGAAUUUACCCCAGUAGUUCACGAAUUGAGUUACUUGGAUCUUGAAAAACUUGACAAGGACCGGGAACGUGAACUUAGAAGAAAAAGAAGAAAUAAUAAUAGAACCCUAAACCGUCGCGGUAUGCCGAACUUACCAGAGCUAUCGGUAAUGCCAAAGACUUUCCGGACUCAUGUCCCAAGCACGGUUUUGCCAGGAGGAGUAGAUUUGGGUCCAGAUGCCGAAGGAUAUGAAGAUACUUAUGAGCUUAAAAAUGAAGCGUUCCUUAAACUUGAAGCUCCACAAGAGCAGAUCACCGACGAAGUAAAUGUUAACGAAAAUGACAUGCCUGGGGUUAAUCCAGGGUUUGUCAACCCUCAGAAUGGGAUGUAUCCUGGAGCGACCAUUCCGGUCCCAAUGAGCAUCAACAAUACUCCUCAAUUCGCAAAUAAUAGGGUGAGCUAUUUCCAUGUGCCGGGGGAAAGAUUUAUUGUUCGGAUUAAAAUUUAG